UUCUAUUAACAUGGUUUUCAGUACUCCUAUACUAUAGUAAUAUACUAUGAUCUGAAUUCUGACAAGUAUCAAGUAUUGUGAUCUUGAGUAGCAUAAUAAACGUGCAGAAGAGAUGGAGUACGUAUACGGUGUUUAUUCUUACUUUGUUAGAUACAUAAAAUAAAGCAUAAAAUAAAGCUAAAAUCUCACACCUAUAAUUUUAAUUAUUUUUUAAAAAAUCAAAACGGCUUGAUUAAUAAAUAAAACGAGUCUGUCACAAAAAAAAAAAAAAAACCUUUAGUUGACGACCUAACGCAUUAUUCAAGGGAAUUAAGGCAGCCUUUGUAUGUACGAGUUGUUGAUACUUUAUACCUUUAUAUAAGAAAGAUUAUACCCUUCCACAAUGACACAUCGAUAAAUGAAAUACAAGCCUAAUUAACCCUCCUCACAAAUCCCCCCUCACAAUCUAAACAAUACAUCAAUAUAGCAUUAUGGAUUUGUUGAGCUAUAUUACUUGGAUUAUACCAUUAUUUCCAAUUAUAAUCUUUUUAUUUCUUUCAUUUUUAAAAACCAAAUCAAAUGAUACAAAUUUACCUCCCGGACCUUCUCCUUUGCCUAUCUUUGGAAACCUCUUGAACAUGUUACCCUACACCACAAAACCUCACAAGUACUUUUCCGAGCUUGCUAAGACUCAUGGCCCUAUUUUGAGCCUUAAACUCGGCUCCAUUACUACCAUUGUCAUUUCGGGUUCCAUGCUUGCCAAAAAAGUCCUUCUAAAAAACCAUGAUAUUUUCUCCACCCUAUAUAGCCUUGAUGCUUUCCGAGCUCAUGAUCAUGAUAAGUACUCCAUUGGCACGUCAUCAGCCUCUUCACCCUUGUGGAAGGUCCUUAGAAAAAUAUUCAACACGCGGUUAUUAAGUAACAAGGUGAUCGAAUCAAUGCAAACUCAUAGGUACCGUAAGUUGGAGGACUUGCUAUGUUAUGUGAAAAGAUGCUCCCAAGCCAACAUCUUAGUCGAUGUUGGACAAGCAGUUAAUGAUACAUCUUUCGACAUGAUAUCUAGCACGGUUUUCUCCAAUGAUUUGCGUAGUGAUGAGAGGAUAAAAGAGGUAAAGGAUUUGAUGGAUUGUAUCAUAAAAGAGAUUGAGAGACCUAACAUAGUGGAUUGUUAUCCCUUUCUUAAAAUGAUCGAUCCACAACGCAUAAGAAAUCGGUUAACAAGUUAUUGUGUUAAAUUGUUUAAGUUAUUUGAUGAAAUUAUAGAUAUGAGAUUGAAGUCUAGGAAAGAUCAAGUGCAUGGUUCAGAAUUGUACAAUGAUUUGUUGGACGUGAAGUUAGAUGUUAUGGAAGAACAAAGUGACGAAAUCAACCGUGAUUAUCUCAACCAUAUGCUAUUGGAUUACCUUGGACCCUCAAUGGAUUCAACCUCAAAAACAUUGGAAUGGGCAAUGGCAAAGUUACUUCAAAACCCUAUCUUUUUACACAAGUUGCAAAAAGAACUAGAUAGAGUGUUGGAAAAAUUCAAUACAAAACUCAUCCUAGAUUCUCACAUCUCCGAACUUCCAUACUUACAAGCAGUAAUAAAAGAAACACUAAGACUUCACCCAACAAAUCCAUUAUUGAUCCCUCGCAAAGUGGUGAAAGACGUGGAAAUUGAUGACUUUCACCUCCCUCAGGGUGCAAUGCUUAUAGUUAAUGUAUGGUCUAUUGGACGUGACCCACAAACUUGGUCUAAUCCGGAUUUGUUUAUUCCAGAGCGGUUCUUAGGGUUGGAGAAUGAUGUAACGAGCCAAUUUAAUCAAUUGUUUACAUUUGGUGCCGGAAAGAAGAUUUGCCCUGGGAUGCACUUGGCCAUACAUAUGAUUUCAUUGAUGUUGGGUAACUUAAUUAGUUCAUUUGAUUGGAAACUCGAAGACAUUAAGGACCUUCAGCAAGUUUUGGACUUGGAUGAUAUUUACGGCAUUAAUAUACAGAAGGCCAAGUCGCUUCGUGCGUUUCCCAUAAUGCGUUAA